CGGCAGUGUGUCUGAGGAGCGAAGGGCGGCCCUCUUAUAAUCUCAGUUUUGAGUUUCAAUCAUGAAUUUUAAAUCUGACAGUUAGAGCCAACUCAAGUCAACAUCAGAAACUACAGACAUAAAACAGGAACCAUCCCUAAAUUUGAUGGCAACAUCCAACGACAGAAAAGAUUUCUUGCAGGCACUUCCUGUUUUCUAUCUUAUCUCACCAACCACUGAGUUCAAAGAUCUUGAGCUGAGCUCCUCUAGAUUAUGUUGGCCACUUGGUAGAGAUGAUGUGACUGGAUGCAUGUGUGAGAUGUCGCACCAGGAUGAUGUUCUGUAUUCUGAUGUCAGGGUGGUGAAACCUAAACAAGGAAAGAAGAAGAAAAAGAAGGCUCUGGACAUUCCAGAAAAUGAAGUCAUCUACUCUGACCUGAGACUCGCAAAAGUUGAUGGAAGAUGACAGAACAGCAGGAGGACUCCAGACUGACAAUGGCUGAAUUCCGGCUGUGUGGAUUACAGGAUGAGUUUAUCUGCUCGGUGUGUCUGGACACCCUGACUGACCCUGUCACCAUUCCCUGUGGUCAUAAUUUCUGUCUGAAGUGCCUCACGGUCUGCUGGGAUCAGAGCCAAGAGUUCAGCUGUCCUCAGUGCAGAGAGAACUUCACCACAAGGCCUGCUCUGCGAAGAAACACUCUGCUGAAUGAAAUCAUCCAGAAGUUAAAGAAGACAGAAAUCAGUUCUCCUUCAUCUCAGAAUUAUGCCGGCCCUGGAGACGUGGAGUGUGACUUCUGUACUGGGAAGAAGUUCAGAGCGGUGAAGUCCUGUCUCACCUGCAUGGCCUCCUACUGUCAGACUCACCUGCAGCCUCACUAUGAAGUAGCGGCCCUGAAGCACCACGAGCUGACUGAUCCAGAUAGAGAUGUGAAGGAGAAACUCUGUGUGGAACAUCAGAAAAGUCUGGAGAUGUUUUGUAAAACUGACGAGACGUGUAUUUGCUUGAUGUGUGGAGUGACUGAACAUGAUGGUCAUGAAAAGGUCAAGCUGGAGAUGGAAAGACAAGAAAAACAAAAACAGCUGGGGGUGACGCGGAGUGAAAUUAGGAGGAGACUUGAAGAGAAAGAGAAGAAACUGAGGGAGACGAGGAUAGCAAUGGACCAGAUGAAGAUCUCUAUGGAAAGAGAGAUGGAGGAACAUGAGAAGAGCUUCACUGAUCUGAUUCACUGCAUUGAGGGAGCCCACAAGAAACUGACUGAGAGGAUCAAAGAACAAGAAAAGAAAGAAAUGGAGAAGGCUGAAGGAGUGAUGGAGCAACUGGAGAAGGAGAUUGAGGAGCUGAAGAGGAGAGAAGCUGAGCUGAAGGAGCUUUCAGAAACUAAGGACCAUCUCUACUUCCUACAGGCUUUCUCAUCUCGCUGUGUUCUUCCUGCUAAUGGAGACUCGCUCAGCUUCACUGUCACUGCUGACUUUUCUUCUGAGGACCUGCUAAAGGAGCUGUCAGGUCUGAAAAAGAGUCUGGAGAAGAUCAACCAGUGGGGCAUCCUGCCAUUGACUCCAUCAGGUUGUGAAGCUCCAAUCUUCACCCUACGGCCUCCUGAACCUCAGAGCAGAGAGGAGUUUUUACAAUGCUCUGGACAUAAAAACUUUAUAUUACGCUGUAGACUCGAUGCACUCCUCACUCUCAUAAUGCUUGGCCUUGCAACUGCAGUGGUCUAUCGGUUUGUAAUAAGAAACAAAAGUGAUGCAGAAACACAAGAUGAAGUCACUUCUAAGACAUCAAAUCCUGAAGGUUUAUGAAAGGGUCUCACUGGUUAGAGCUGCUUCCUCCCAAAUCCAGAAGACAGGGUUCAGAUCAAUGACAAACUUUCACCCUAAAGAGAUGCCUGCUGAGAUAACUGGUGACUCUGGAUUGUCCCAGCAUGACAGGCCAUGAGUGACUGAGUGUUCCCUGCAGAAGAGCAGUGCCCCAUCCAAAGACAGCCAUGAUAAACUUCCACCUGUUUUAUUGUAUAAUUGGAUUUGGGUACAUGGAUGGACGUUUUUGAAAUUGUAAACAUAUGAAAUAAUAAUUUCAGUAAGGCCUUAAUGCAUCGCUUACCUUUCUGGUAAAUCAAGCUUUUCUUUUCUCCAUUUCUUGUGUAAUUUUCAAAUGAUUACCUCUUUCAUAAAUGUUGGUGCUUAUAGUGGUGGUUUAUUAUUCAUUUCAAGAAACUA